AACGUUGUCGGAGCCAACAAAGCGUCUUUAUGUAUGUUACGUGUUCGGAGUCCCGAUUCCAUCCCCACCACAUACUACCGCGUGCUGUAAGAAUGCCAUUUCUGACAACACUGGUCGGGACACGUAAACAUACAUAAAAACGCUUUGUUGGCUCUAAGUAACUCACAACGGACGUAAAUAACGUACUGAUAACUUGUAGUGUUGUGUAGUGAAAGUCAAUUUAUAAUAAUGUCUAAAAGAUUUGACAGAAACCUGGAACCCGAACGUAUUAUCGGUGUGACAGGUUCCACCGGCGAGUUGAUGUUCUUGAUGAAAUGGAAACGAAUAGAUGAUUCGAAUAUGGUACCUGCGCGUAUCGCUAAUGAAAAAUGUCCACAGAUUGUCAUUAAGUUUUACGAGGAACGACUCAUAUGGCCCCGUCCCGCUCAUCAGGGCGAAAGCUCUACGAAACCUGAUCCAGAGUAACGUUCAGCCUUCCGAUAUGCAUAUACUGCGCGACUUAGAAUAUGUUGCAUUUAGCGAGAUUUGUUAACCGCGAACAACAGAAGAAAUGAACAACUCGUGAACUCAUCUGUCAUCAGUGCACAUUGCAAAUUAAUAUAGAUUUAACGUUUUCGUAUAAGCUUUGAGAAGUUUAUUAAUAACAAUACAUAAUUACCUAUUUUUGGAUUGUAAAAACGCGAGUUUUCAUAAAGCAAUUUUAUAAUAUUAUUGACAUGUGCAUAUCCAAACAUUUCUUUCAAUUAUUUCUUUAAGUAUAUGUAUUCGUCAAACAUCUACUUCACAGUUGCAAUAAUUUAUGCGAAUUGUACGCUUUCUUAUUCUUUCUUGUCUUAAUAUAUUUUUUAAUAUAUAUUAACAUUAUGCUACCAAACUUAUACCACUUACCUACCUUUCAAAUUUCUAACGAAAAUAAAUAAUCUGAAAUAUACGUGUUAGUUAAUUGACAUACAAGUUUUGCGUUAAAAGUGAGUAUAUUUUUAUGAUAUAUUUGUAAUGACAACUUCAUAACUGUAUAAUCAAAUGCAAUAAUAUCCAAUUAUUGAUCUUUCAUAGGUAUUUGAAAAUCUAAUCUAUAAUCUCUUCCAUUUUUAAUUUCCUCUAUUAGUAAAAUCGUAUAAAAAACAUUAUCAAACAAACAAAAAUGAAAUGGAUAAGGGUUAUAGAGAGUGGCUUAUGCAAUAUUCCACUUAUUUUUAAUAUUAUAUCCUUGCACAUUUUUACCUCUAUUCCACUUUCUGUAAUACUAUCCAAUACAGAAAACAAACACGAAGAAAAAGCGUAGAGUAGGAGGAAACCUUAAAUUUCUAUCAAAGGUCAAUAAAAAUCGAAUGGCAUUAUUGCAUUCCAUUUUAAAAUACAAAUAUUUUAAUACUUAUUACUAAUUACUGAAACUUUUAUAUAUGUAAUACGAUUGCGAGACAAAAAUUUUAGUAAUAUAAAAUAAAGAAGGAAUACUUUUUAUGUUAGUACAAAAGAAUUAGCUAUGUGUGUACUCUCCAGUGAUUAAUAUAUAAAGAAACAUUGUUAGCUCACCAUAACUUUUCAAAUCUCACAAGAGAAACAUUAAAUAUACGGAUAUUAUUAAUAA